CAGCUGCACUGACCUUUGCCUCCAUCAUACAAGUGGAGGCACCAGGCCGCCUUGCAAAGUUACAGAGCACUGACAGCUUCCAGAACCAUGGGGACCAGCCACCGCAGUCGGUCCUUUCGAGAACCCCGAUCUUGCUAUGGGAAGCUCCAUGAGUCCCAGGAGAGCCGACUCCACCGGGCACUGAGCCUCAGACAGGGCCGUGAGAAGUCCAGGUCGCAGGGCCUUGAUGGCAUGGAAGGACUGGAGGUCUCUGCUCAGGAGCGACUGCCAGGGACCCUGGGAGACACAGAGCAGCUGAUCCAAAGCCAGAGAGAAGGCCGCCAGCGAUGGCUGAGGCAAUACCAACAGCAGGUAAGGAGAAGGUGGAAGAGCUUUGUCGCCAGCUUCCCCAGUGUGACCCUGAAUCGACCAGCCUCCCCAGAGACCUCAUUGAACACCAACAGCUAGAGCGGCUGUGAUUGUCCCUCACUCCACCGGCUGGACUCCUGUGUCUCUCAUCUGCUUCUUCAUGACUUUCCUGUACUCAGAACUGCUCUGGCCUUUGUCAUGUGACCCAAGGAGGCCUCUGUCACUCGGUCAUUCAAGGCCCUUUGUGGCUGUCCUUCUCUGUUCUAGCAGCUAACUCUUAGCAAAGACCUCCAUAGGCCUAAGGAGAAGGCACUUAGCUCUCUGCCUUCUGGACUGACAUGUUUGAAGGUCCUAGAGAACCUACACAGAAAUGAGAGUGUCAUCAACACUCUUGUCCCCAGACAGACCAGCCACCCACUUGUAGGACAGAGUUCAUUGAAGCCAAACAUGGCUGAGAAUUUCUUGAAUAUCGCCUGGUCACAGGACCAAACUCCACCUUGGCCUGCUAGUGACAGGCCAAGACUUGGAUCUCCCUCACAGACAGUGAGCCUUCAAAGGCCAGGACUGAAUCUGGACUGUCCUCACCAUGGGUGCUGAAUUCCCAAGAAGCCCAAACAUGCAUAUUGCUGCCUCGACCUCACUGAAUCCUGAUGAAGGAAGCAGGGAAGCCCUCCCUCCCUGUAUGACAGAGGGAAACAGAGGUCCAGAGAAGGGAAGAGACAGACCUUCCUUCACACACACACACACACACACACACA